AUGUUUGUCAACCUUAUAAAGGCACCAAUAAAAAUCGAAGCUCCUUACAGUUUUGCAAUGAAACCGGGAAUGUGCAAUGAGAUCACUCUAUUAUGCUCUCUCUCUCUCUCUCUCUCUCUCUCUCUCUCUCUCUCUCUCUCAUCUUUUCUUUUCUCAACAUUAUUAUCAUUAUUAUUGAGAGAUAGAGCGGCAGACCAAGAAACGUCUUCUUUAAUAAAUCCGUCUUUUCUUUCUACAUCUCCUUUUCUUCUCCUUCUUCUUCUUCUUUUUCUUCUUCUUCUUCUUCUUAUUAUUAUUAUUAUUAUUGUUGUUGUUGUUGUUGUUGUUGAUCUUCAUGCGUAUCUUCGUUUUCUCUUUCUACAUCUUUUUCUAUUAUUAUUAUUAUUAUUAUUAUUAUUAUUCGACGUCUUCUUCUUGGCUACGUUCUUCUUCUUGGCUACGUUCUUCUUCUCCUACAUCUUUUUCUUCUCACUACUACUACUACUAUUAUUAUUAUUAUUAUUAUCCUUCUUUGACGUCUUUCUUCUCACUAUUAUUAUUAUUAUUAUUAUUAUCCUUCUUCGCCCUCUUCUUCUUGGCUACCUUCGUCUUCUUCUUCUUCUUCUUUUUCUUCUCACUAUUAAUUAUUAUUAUUAUUAUUAUCAACUUCAUUCUUCGCCCUCUUUUUCUUGUAUACUUUCGUCUUCUUCUUCUCCAUUUCCUUUUUAUUCUCGCCUGUUUUUUUAUAUUAUCAUUUUCAUUCUUCCGCCUCUUUCUUCCUUUUAUGUUUCAUCUCUCCUUUUCCCUUGUUUAUAUAAUAUCCCCUUUUGCAUAUAUCUAUAUCCGUUUUCACUCAUUUUUAUCAAUUGUUUAACAUUACAUAUAUUUUCUUUCUUCAUUGAAGGCCGGAGAUGA